CUGUACCGUAACGUGCUUCGAAGGCACCCUCAUGACAACAUCAGCAAUCGAUCUCAAGAAGACGACCAUCAAUAGUUGCAGCUGGACACAGCACGACACAGCCCGACGUCUUGAUCAAAGGAAAGAAGCAAGUAAAUUAUAUUCUUGAUCAAAAGAAUUGUUCACGAAAGCUACCAAAAAUGGCUUUCAACAGACUAUUUAAACAUAUUGAGGGUCUCAUCCAAACCGAUGAUGAAGUCGCUGAAUCCGUUCCUUGUAAGGCGGAUAUUAUGAGCUUGAGAGAAUGUCGAAAGGGAGGAAAGGUAAGAGCCAAGACUGUCAUUUUCGAUCAAAGGUAUUGAUUGUGCAAUAAAAAUUGGAAUCCACUCUGAUGACGCAUAUGCAUUUAUUUAGGCUUGCGAUGAAAUCGGGCUUGAUCUCUUGAGAUGCAUGGCUCAAUUUAAGGUCGAUACAACCGAGAAGGUCCGCACAACUAUCGGAGUUGCAAAAUACAACGAGUAUGUUAAGGAGAUGGAAGACAAGCACGGAAACGAAAAGGCUGCACAAAUUAUCAAUGAACCUUCGGAACAACUCAAAGACAUAGAGGCUUACCAGGUAUUGCAUAGAAUUGCCAAUGAUACCCAUCCAAAGGGAGCUCCCAAAACAAAAGAUGAUUUGAUGAAUUGGUCUUACGCCGAUCAGGUCCGCUUGGAGAUGGGUGAAGGCGAGUGGUGGGAUGCAGUAAAAAUUAUUGGUUAUGAGUUUGGUCUUGCCAAAGCAGACGCUCUCUUUGGAUUGAAAAAGGAAAACGAUAUGAUCCAUUCAGCCCAAAGUAGAUUGAUCCCCGGAUUUGCGGAAAGGAAGGCAAACGCAUUGGUCGCUGCCAAAAAGGUUGAAGAUUCAGUUAAGGAGGCUGCGCCGGGUGGUAAAACAGCUGCUGAUUUCAAGGCAGCAUUCGAUGACCUUUAUCCGAGUAAGGAUGAUCUAGAAGCGGCUCUGAAGUAAGUCAUCCGUUUUACACCAUGCGCCGUUUCCUCGGAUAACAAAUCAGUGAAUCCAUUGAUUGAAAUAAACCUCUAGAACACAAUCGCGUCAUUAAUAGUACGAUUUUUAUUUUUACUGUAUCUAAUGAUUCCUAUAUUUUAUAAAUAUUUGUGCUAUAGGUAAGAGGGCUUCGGUUUCGUAAAAGG